AUGAAUUCGCAAAUAUCAGAGAGCCGCCCAAGUGCGUCUCCUGAAAUUCAACAGCCACAAGAACUCACUGGGCCCCUCGGCGUCUUCACCCAGACUCUUCUCCCUAGUCCCGUCACGCAGUGGAUACUCCCAGCGAGGCUCCGGAACAGGAAUCACAACGAUGUUGUCUUUGUGGGACAACGACGUGUCCAAAUCAAACAGGCUACUGUGGGUGGCUUCCUCGAAGAUGUGCUUGAAAAAACCGACUUUACCGGCUCUAUCGUUGGGGCCAAAGUCCUCAGCGUCAGCACCCAGCUACCCUGGGAGUCACAGCUACAGACUCAUGAUCCAUCCGCCAGAAAUUAUAUCACUCCAGAAGUCCUUGACAAGCUCCCUUCUCAUAUUCUUGUUCUCUCGCUGGAAAUGAAACAACUUGUUUUCUUGUGCUGUUCGCCUUCCUCACCAGGGGAAUUUAUCACCUUCCGCCGACCACUUCCAAUUGAUGUCAACUUACCCGAGAAAUUCGGAAAGCACAUUGCUGUUGAUCCAAAGUCUCGUGCUAUCGCAAUCAGUGCUUCAAGCAACUAUUUUGGAUUUUUGCGGCUCAAAUCCUCUCGAGAAAUUCAACUCCAGCUCGCUCAAGACCGUUUGGACCCGAUCCAAAAAGAAACUUUCUAUAGGUGCGAGGGAAUCAUCAUGUUCAUGGAAUUCCUCUAUCCAAAAAGCGUGACUGAUAAGCAAAUCAUCUUGCUUAUCAUUCUGGUCAGGAAGGGGCUUACAUAUGGCUCGGUCUAUGAAUGGCAGGAGGGCCAGGACCCUGCAAUCGAUCCCCCACAGCACUUUGAGUUCAAGUUGCCCAGACCAGACAGAAUGCCGGCCAUGAUCGCGCCGUUGACCAAGGAAUCUUCCUUCUUGGUCAUUACUACGACCGGCAUGGCAGUUUACUCAUUGAACAACUAUGUUCGACCCGCGCGGUAUCCUCUGAUUGCCCCCAGUAAGGAAGUGGCAGAAGCACCUCUAUGGACUCGUUGGGCGAGACCUGCGCGCAACUGGCUCUAUAGCCAGAAAUAUGACGGAAUCUACCUUUGUCGCGAAGACGGCUGGACAUACUAUCUCGAAUUUUCGAACGAGGGCGAACUUGAACUCACAACCAGCCUGGGCCAGCUUCAUUUCCACGUUGACUUAGCUUUCGACGUUCUUGAUAUGGGCCAUGAGGGUGGCGACUUCAUCAUGGCAGCGGGAAGUAUGGGUGACGGUGGUCUCUACAAACUGGAGGCGAGGAAACCACCCAUAUGCGAACAGCGAUUCCUCAACUGGGCCCCAGUCACCGAUGCGGUCAUGAUACGCUGGGAUGCCAAAUGUACGCCGCGCCAGCAGGUCUCUCGGGAUCGUCUUUUCGUUUGCUCUGCGUCCUCUUCCUCCCACGGAGCACUCCACGAGCUUCGACAUGGUAUUGAGGCUCAAAUUGGGUUCCAGGCUCCCCUUGGACACUUUACAGGCAUUCGAAACCUGUGGGCAAUUAACGACGACGUCAAUGGCGGUGUUUACAUUCUAAUAACCGAUCCUGUGUUUACCCUGCUUCUCUAUCUGACUCCGGAAGGAGACAUCGGCGCCCUUGAUGAGAGUGAGACGGGGCUGGAUAUUGCUGAGACGCUAGCAGCUGGCUGCACUCCUGAGGGUGUUAUUAUUCAGGUCACUGAAAAUGCGACACAUCUGUUUGUACCUCCAAAUCUGUCAUUGAAUGCCCGGCUCCUACACGAACCUGGCACUUUCCUUCUGGCAGUUGAUGUCGACGGCCCGAACUCGUCUGUGGUAACUGCGUUACGGCAAAAUGGCGUUCUUAGCCUUUAUUUUGCAAACGUUAUUGUGAAAGAUGAUGAAGUCCGUCUAGACGUUGGUCCGGCGCUCAAGAUUGAAUUUGAGCCCAUUUGUGUAUCCCUUGAACAAUUCGGGGAUAUGAUGUUUAUCUUCGUGGGUUCUGGGUGUGGAACAUUGAGGGUCUUCCGCGUUGAGAAUGGUGUCAUCACAUUCUUCUGCAAGACGUCAGUAAAGGUGGGCGAUAGUGAUGAUAUCUCGCGAGCAAUCGACAGUCUUUCCGCCAUUCGCGUCACCUUGAACGGCACCCUGCACGCUUUCUUGCUGUGUGGUCUACGAAGUGGAAUUCUUGUCCCAUUCGAAGUGGACUUUGAGGGUUCUUCCCUGAUUACCCUCGUUCAGCAAGAUCCCAAACGAAUUGGAACCACGUCUGUCCGGGUACAGAGCAAGGAUACGUUUGCGCUGCUCGUGUGUGGAGACGAGCUUUGGCGGGUUACAUAUCCUCUUGACGGGCUUCCAUGGGGUUGCAUUUUACAUAGGGUCUGGAUCACAGAACAGAACAACCCUGCGUACUUCCCCAUCAAGCUCCAUGGCUGCGGACUUCUUAGCUCGCAAGCUUCAGCAUUGGGGAACCUUUUCUGUUUCGCAGAUGGAGAGCUUUUGAUCUGCCAUCUGUACAAGGGGCCCAAGAUGAUUCCUCGGCGCAUUGGUUUGCCUGGAACCGCCACCAAAAUGACGUAUUCAGAACAUCUUCGAAGCCUCCUUGUUUCCUACAGCAUCAGCAGGGUUGAGGAUCCUUCGGCCCCGAAUCACAUCACAACACGUUCGUAUAUUGAAUGUGUAGAUCCCGACUCACAGAAUGCUGUCGAGCAUCAGGAAGAGCUGAAUCUGAUGAGCCCCGAGAAUCCUCAGAGCGCUCCAGGCGAGACAAUCAGUUCCAUUCUGGAUUGGUCGUUUGAGAAAAACGGUCAUAAGUACCAUCUCAUCGUGCUGGGCACCUCACUCCCAGCACUGGAUGCAGAGGGUGCUCAGGGUCGGGUUAUCAUCUUGAAUGCGAAUCGUGAUCCAAUCAAUCCGUCACGUGUAAAGUUCACAACGAAGUAUGUGCACGAUGUGACUGGCCUCGAUUAUGGUCCUGUGCGUGCAAUUGCACCUUUCCGUGACAGUCUGCUUGUCGGGGCAGGAAGGAUGAUAUUCCCAGUGACAGCUCGCAGUGCGGAGACUAGAUGGGCUCGUGAUACCUCAAAGAAGCUCCCCUCGGCAGCAGUAGCAAUCACCGUCUUUGGACCGUUUGUUUUCGUGACUACCGCACGCCAUGGAUUCAUGAUCUUCGAAGUGGUUGAUGGGACGUUGAAGACACGCGAAUGGGACGAUGUGCAGCGCGAUGGCGUAGCUCACUACAUUUGCCCAGGUCGCACUCCUUUGGCAUUCAUGGCCAGCCGUGGUGGAGGUGUUCGCAUCUCCAAACUAGGAAAAGAUCCCAAUGGCAUGGGCCCUGUUUCCCAACCAGCGGAGAUCCGCCUAUCAGAUACGAUCAUUCGCUUCGUCCUCGACUCCAUGAGCGAGCUUACACCAAUGACACCCUGGCAGCGAGGAUCCUCCAUGUUUGGCUUUGCACUCAAUGGUGCAGUGUACAGGUUCUCCCUGUUGAGAAAGAACGAGCUACAGCUCCUUUGGCUGUUGCAGAACAUGUGCCUCAAAGACCCAAUUAUAUGUCCAUCUGCACUUCCGCGUGAGAAGCGCACCAACCCUCUGUGGGAAGAGGUUCACAGUGACAACCGCUAUAUUGACGGAGACAUCCUUGCCCGUCUUGCUCAGCAUGAUCCUGAAUAUCUUGAGCAAAUGAUUUUGAGGCUUGAUACUGCUCGUAAGGCAGAGUUCUUCGGUUCCCAUGUUCGGGAACUAGCCAAGGAGGUGCUGGGAGAGUCGUGGAAUUAUGACCGGUACAUCAUCCACUGGCUCCGCACCUUGCUGCAGGUGCAAUUUUGA